AUGAAUAUCCACCAUGCUUUCUUCUUCUGCUUCUUAUCAGCACUGUGUGAUGGAAACACUGGUCUCGUCAAUGCAACAGUACUUGUCCACACUGAAGGAGGAAGUAUCACAGCUGCAUGUCCCUUCACUUUCUCUGGAAGAAGAAAGUUCCUCUGUAAGGGGGAAUGUAGAGAUGAAGACGUUCUGGUUCAAACAGAUGGCGACAGAGCUCAGAGGGGCAGAUACAGCAUCAUAUAUAAAGAGGGAACUUUUCCAGUGUCUUCUUCAGUUCUGUUUGUGGGCAUCACACAGCUGACCAAGUCGGACUCAGGACGGUACUGGUGCGUUUUGGAAAGACCUUUCUUUCCAGAUUCAUACAGAGAGUUUGAGAUCAGAGUUACAGAUGCUCCGGCCACUUUCCCUGAAAACCUGAAGCUGCCUGAGCAGCAGCAGAAUGAGGAGAUAACAGCUGCAGCUGCAGCUCACAGAAUUAAAGUCUCUCAUCCAGGUUACAUCCUGCCUCUGGUUGUAAGUGUCACUAUGGGUGUGCUAUUUGCUUUUGUUGUCUUCUUGUUCCUGAACAAAUGGAAGAAAAGGAAGGAUGGUUUGACCACCGUCUCACAGCAGAAACAUGAAGGUGACUUACUUCACCUCACUUGAUGUAUUUCAAUUCAGAUUUUGGAUCCAGAUUCAUG